ACACAAUUGCAUAUAAAGCAUGUUCUCCAAGUUGUCAAACAUUAAUUCCCUAACAAUUACAAAAUCACAAGAACUUAAGGCGGAACUAAUUAGUUGUGGGUAACAAUAUGUAUAUCUAAUAACAACAAAACUGUAGGUAGGUAUACUGCUCCAGUACGCUAAAUAUACCAGAGAAGUAGAGAAGAUAUUGGUGUUUUCCAUGAUUUACGAUUAUACAGUUUUAUUUAGUAAAAAUAUUUUGCGAUUACCCUUAUCUUCAAUGAAGGGAUUUAUCAUAAAAAAAUCAACGAUAAACGCGAAAAUGAACAUUCUCCUGGUCGUUAAUUAAUAGAGUGCGUCAGUGAAUUGUCUGAAUCAACGGUGAAUAAAAAUUUCAUUUAAUAACGAUUUGUUGUAGGUACUCUCAUGUUCAUAUAGAGAACUAACAAAAUGAGACAUAUAACUCAAAAAUGAAAGUAGCCAUGAAAUCUCUACUUCUGGUAUCGUAAAUUUGGACGCCCUGUACAUGUUCAAAUGACCCAGGGUCGCUACUUUUUUAACGUAAUUGUUCUACUUCUGACCCCGUAUGCUACAUCUCGUAUAGUGCCUAAUCACAUUCACCCCUACAAUUUGCAAAGGCGCCAAUUUUCACAACCACAAUGACGGCUGACACCUGUUUGGACAGCGUUCUGGAAGACAUUGGCAGCUUCGGAAAAUAUCAAAGCAAAAUUGUAACUCUGAUUCUCGUGGUUGCCGCAAUGGUAUAUUUUCCAAUAAUUGUAUGGGCUUUUGAAGCAAGACAGAUGAAACAUAGAUGCCAGAUUCCUGGCUACGAAUCAUCUCCGACGGAGUACAUGCCACAUUGGUGGACAGAUGCAAUUCCCUCUAUUCACAACGAACCGGCCUAUUGUGAAAGAUACAAAUGCAGUCUCCACAAUGUUACCUCCAAUAAUUAUGCUUUAUGUUCUGGAUUCGAUAAGACCAAAGUUGAAAGUUGCAAUGAAUUUGUAUACGAAAUAAAUAAAACUUCGAUUUUGCAGGAUUUCAACCUCCAUUGCAAUGAAAAUACAUGGAAAUUGACACUAGUGGGUACAAUUAAUAGCAUAGGUGGAAUACUAGGCCUACCUAUUUCCGGAAUGUUAUCUGACAGAUUUGGAAGAAAAACCAUUUUAAUAUCCAGUGUAGCAUUAAGCGCAUUAUGUGGCAUUAUACGUUCUUUCAGCAACACGUACACUUUUUUUCUCGUUAUGGAGUUUGUGGAUGCCUUUUCUAAAGCAGGGUCAUAUUCCACUUGCUUCAUUAUAGGUGCUGAAUUCGUUAGUCCCGAUAAACGCGUCCUCAUGAGCGUUUUAAUAAAUAUAGCAACGUCAGUAGGAGGAAUGAUUGUAGGAUGCGUCGCCUGGGCUGUUCCAACCUGGAGAAUGCUUGAUCAAAUACUAUAUGGAUCCUGCUUCAUUAUUUUAUCGUACUACUGGUUCCUUCCAGAAUCCCUGAGAUGGUUACUGACGAAAAAACGCUAUGAACAUGCGUCGCGAAUACUAAGUACCAUUGCAAAGACCAAUGGAACCACAUUAUCGAAAGAGCACAUGAACCAGCUUUUCCAUACGGAACCGUUGCUUGAAAACACCGAGACGUAUCCGCUGCGCAGAUUACUUCAGUCUCCCAUUCUUACAAGGCGUUUUGUUAACUGUUGUGUGUGUUGGAUGUUUUGCUUGAUUUCGUAUUACGGUCUGACUAUAAAUGCUAUCUCCUUGUCCAACAAUGGGUACGUGGAUUUCAUUUUGUGUAUGUUCGUAGAAAUACCUGGAAACAUUGCGGCGCAUUUCUUAAUGAAUAGAAUUGGUAAAAGGUACUGCUUCACAUUAGCAUUCUUCAUUUGCGGUAUAUCGAGUGCAAGCUUCAUCUUUAUUCCACAUGACUUGUCUGUAAUCAGACUCUCCGUAUACCUCUUGGGCAAAUGUGCUGCAGCAAUAAACAUGACUGCCAUCUACUCAUUAACUUCGGAGAUAUUUCCGACUUCUUUACGCUCCUCACUAUUAACAAGUUGCUCCAUGUUCGGUCGAUUUGGUAUAGUGGUGGCCAGCCAAACGCCGCUGUUGGAGCUGUAUUGGCAACCUCUACCAUUAGUACUUUUUGCACUAACUGCUUUUGCGGGAAGCAUUCUGACACUGAGAUUUCCCGAGACGUUAAACGAAACACUCCCUAAUACAAUAGAACAGGCGGAAAAUAUCGGCAGAAGAAAAACCAGUGAGCGGAUAUCACAAAAUGAACAAACGUGUACGGAAGAAAUAGAAAAACUUACCACCAAGAAUAUACCUCUUGGUACAGUUUUGGUAAUGAGUACUGAAGAACAUUAAAAACGAAACACGAUUAAUUAUUGUCACACUGCCACUGUUAUCGUUUCCGACUAUGAGGUAAUUAGCAUUUACACGUAUCAAGUUACCCGGUUAAUUGAUAAUGUACUUACAUCUGUGAUAAUACUUUUCGAACUACUAGCUAAUUAAAUUUAA